CCGCUACCUGAAAUUCCACCAUUACGAUCGCAAUUACCCAGAAAGUCAGUAGGCGUGCCAGCACCUAGCCCGCCGGAGGAUGAAUUAAGCGGAUCGAAAAUUGCCAUAAGGACAGAGGAGGAACAACAAGCCGCCGCCAGAGAGAGAGAAGAGCGGGACAGGCGAGAUGCUCGCCGCAAGUCGUUGGCCAAUCGCAGAGUCUCAUUCGCCGCAGAAGCAACGCUGCACACGUUUCACGAAGUAGAGUACAUGCAGAAAAAUUCGGCUGAGUCUAGAAGAAAAUCAAACUCGGGAUCGAAUGCCCGAAACACGGACCCUCAAUUCCCUGCCGACGACCAGAACACGAAAGGGAAGCGGAGUUCGCUCGCCGCGCAGAAUGAUAUCCAAAGCCGAGAUGAUAACACCACCUCGAUUAUAUAUAGCUCUGAUUCUGAACCUGCAGAUGCAGUGGAAGAGAUUGCCACAGAUGAGGAAGAGGUGGAAGAAGAAGAGAACUCCAACAGCGAUUCUGAUGACGGAACAAUGAUGAGCGUCGAGACGGAAGAGGUUACUGGUACAACCGUGGCAUCUGAAAGAACUUUGGACGACCUAGAAGAAUCAUCUACGCUUGAUGAGGCUCUUCGCAUGGCUGCCCGACAGGCAGCAACCCAGCAACUAGGAGACGGUGAUUCUGACGAUGGUGAAGAGAUCAUCCCCUCCCUUGGUUGGGUGAGAAAAGCAAACCAGCAGCCCCCGGCUAGUGGGAACAAGGAAUCUACAAAGUCACCGGUAGAUCAACACAACGAGGAUGGCACAGAGAUGGAUAUGGAUAUGGACAUGGAUAUAACCGUUGCUAUGGGGAAAAUUAUAAAGCCGUCUGGGGCUGGAGGCAUCGAUGGGGAGCAAGAACCAGAGGUUUCCAUGGACGUAACUCGUGCAUUUGGUGGCAUUCUCUCGAAUGAUAGAACCAAUGCUGCACCUUCACAAUCGGGUGAGUUGGACGAUGGCGCUAUGGAAGAUGCUACGAUGGAAUUCACGACUGCGAUAGGGGGUAUUCAAUAUCCUGACCUACCAGAUAUUGAUUCCGAGAUUGACCAAAACGAAGAAAUGUCAAUGGAGCUCACCAGUAUCAUGGGGGGGCUGUUAGCACGUCAACAGAGAGAGCAGAACGGGGCAACGAGGCGCCAAACAUUGAACAAGACUUCGAAUUUGGAUGACGAUGCAACAAUGGACAUGACUAUUGGCCUUGGAAACAUUCUUUCUGGUGCUAACCAGAAUGUGGCCAAUAAUGAAGAUGAAGAUGGCGAUGAGGAUGCCACAACCGGCAUGGAUUUAACCACUGCUAUUGGCGGGAUUAUAAAAAAUACCUCCCGAGUCCUAAGAAAGAGCCUUUUCGGAUCCCAAACAGAUAAACCAGAGAGCCCUCAGCAAGAAACCGCAUCGCAAUUAUCUACCGAGGAACGUACUCCUCUCCAAAAGACAGCAUCCACAGCGUUGGAGUCUCAGCCUCCAUCUGCAACAUCCAAAUCAACUACACCCAAAGCUUUAACAACACCUAAAGCUUCAAAAAUCCCUAAAGCCUCAACCCCUAAAGCUUCAACAACUCCUAAAGCUUCAGCAACCCCCAAAACUUCAACCCCUAAAGCUUCAACAACCCCUAAAGCUUCAACCACUCCUCGACAAACUUUAUCGUCGACAAAGACACAAACGCCCACAUCACAGAGCCGGGUUCUUCGAUCCGCGUCUAGAACUUCGCUAUCUCAGAGCGCAAGCCGAACACCCUCACCUGCGAAAUCAGCGCGAAAGAAUGCCACAAAAGCAACACCGCAGAAGGACUCUACUCCUCGGCAACCUUCUGGAGUUGGUGCAGACAGAGUUGGCCUAGGAUCACCCCAGGUUGCAGCCAUUUUUGACCGGCGAGAGUCUUUGAGCGAUUCAGCGAGCAUAUUUGUUCCUGGAAAACGCGCUGUUGCUUUCAGCGACCCCAAGGACUUGGCGGCAGAGGUUGAUGAAAGUGAUGAAGGAGGUCGGUCGAAAUCGGAUGGUCGAGAUGCUACACUCAACCUUAGGGAGAUGAUUGAUAGCAUGAGUCCCAAACGAAAUCCGCUGAGAGGUCGAAAGAGCCUCCACAUUGGCAGUGCCAGAGGCCUUUUGGGCAAGCGGCCUGCUGAAUCGGACGAGGAAGACGAAGCGGAGGAGAAUGAUGGCGUCAAGAGGUUGAAGGGUCGCCAGGGCAGCCCUGUCAAAAAUGUAAGACUUCAGCAGCCUCCUUCAAAGGAAGAGACAACUGGCAGGCUCCGAAGGUCAACCCGACUAAGCUUUGACUUUGCUGGAAAGAUGCCUCAAGCAGCCAUGUCAUCUCCUUUAAAGGGCGGUGAUAGCAGCACUCUAUUGAGCCAGAAGUACCCCAGGGCUACAAAAGAUAACCAGACGGUUCAUGAUAUCCAAUUUCACCAACCUGUGGCGAGCAACGACCUUCAGGUUUUGGAGACAGUUGAAGAAAACCAGAUGCACCUUCAGGACUUUUUGAACUUGACCUCAAUCCGUUUCAUGGAGCUUAAUACGACGAAGAGACGCCACACAAUUGCACCGAGGACAUCUCAGAGCGGCCUUCUGCCAGAUGGGGAGGAAGAUCGGUCAUUAGAGCGGCGUGUCAUGGCUGGCGCCUGUACCGUGCCCAUGUUGGAACUAUAUCAGCAUUCCUGCCGAGAGCUGAAGAAGUACAUAUCCGAAGGACGGAGAAUAGUGAAGGAGAUUGAGACAGAGACAUUUGAAGAUAAUCCUCCACUGUUCCGAGAGUACAUAUCUGCUACUCCCGACGUCAAGGCAUUGAUGGACAAUCAGUUUAAGAACGUCAGGACUCAUGCCCGUCACCUUAGCAAGGCGAUGUGGUACGAGUGGCGGAUGAAGCUACAAGACGGACUAAACGAAGGCCUUAUCAGUAUUUCUGACGGUAUGAAUAGCGAUCUCAAAGUUGUUGAAGAGCAGGAGAACCUUUUGAAAACUGUCAUGCCCAAUCUCGUGAGCCGAUACGAAUCGCUCUUGGAAGAAAGCAACAACCUCGAAGAAGCUGCAAGGGAACUAGCAGACUGCGACCCUGCCGAGCUUCAAGCCGCCCGAGAAGAAUUGACCAGUCUGGACGAUGACAUUGCUCAGAAGAAGAAGCUUAUUGCCCAGCUUCGACAAGAGUUUGAGGCGUCAGAAGCCGAUGUAGGGGAAUUGACGGCACGAAAAACGCAGUGCCUUGCAGAAAUACAAGAUUCUGAACGAAUCAGAGAGGAAUGCCGUGGUUGGACCAGCACCGAGGUUAACAAUCUCAAAGCGCGAGUGGAGGCCAUCGAAAAGCAACAUGGAUGGGCCGUAACGGGCAUCGCGGGGUCCACGCUCUCGAUGACAUACAAACGAGAGAUUGAACUUGUCCUCGAUAUUACGUCCUUCCAGCCUCGACAGCCAAACUCGCCCAUAGACUUGUGGUAUAUCGCUGAUAGCCGUGCAGUCAAUCCUCUGCCCAAGACUGUGGAGAAUGAAUUCCUCCUGCAGUGUGUACGCGAACACAUCCGCGCAAUGUCACAGAGCCGCACAAAGCUGUCUCAUCUCCUCAGCGUAAUAGGGGCUGCAUGGGACAAAUCCAAAUGGAUCUCCCGUGAGAUCAGACGCAUCAAUGUAACGUUCCCAACAAAGGUUACCAAAACAUCCGACUCCAGCAUCGCCGUUACUAGUUCUCUCUUGUUAGCACCUUUGGAAACGCGAGUCGAGGUGGCUUUCAACCUCAAAGGGUCUAGCGGGCCGGAGGGAGUGAAUGUGGAUGUUUCAACGGAGGCCAAGGUGGUGUAUGGGGAGCAAUUCAAUGUUGGCAAGGUUGGGGAUUUCUUGAGUACUAGGAUUGGGAAGAGUGUGGGAGCUGAGGGCGAGCAGUGGAGCAACGUAGUGACUGAACUAUAUGAGAAGCUCAUUGCUCGGGGGAAGAAGCAAUAA